AUGUCUCAUCAUCACAACCGCCCGGCGAUCGUCGUCGACAACGGCACCGGGUACACCAAACUCGGGUUCGCCUCGAACACGGCGCCGUCGUUCGUUGUUCCAACGUGCGUGUCCGUUUCUGGUGGAGGGGUGUCCUCCUCCUCCUCGUCCGUUUUAACAACACAAAGCAAAAAGGAGGAGAAGGAUGAAUCCAAUUUCCCCGGUAACGGAAAUUCUAAGAAGAAGAAGAAGAAGAAAGCGUACGAGUAUUACUCUCAUCACAAUCACGCGUCGAAGUCUUUGCAGGAUUUAAACUAUUCCAUCGGCGAGGACGCGCUCGCGCAGAUUAACUCGAAAACCAUCAAGUGGCCGAUAUCGAACGGCAUCGUGAACGACUGGACGUCCAUGGAGAAAUUUUGGCAAAAGACGUUGUUGAACGUGUUGCGAGUGGAGCCGGAGGAACAUUUUUUCUUACUCACGGAACCGCCGUUGAAUCCAGCGGAGAAUCGAGAACGAAUCGGGGAGAUUAUGUUUGAGACGUUUAACGUGCCUGGAGUGCACAUAGGCGUGCAAGCGGUUUUAGCCUUGAAUGCGAGCGUGGCGUUGAAUGCGUCCGCGGCGGCGGCUUCGAGUAAAAAGAAUAGGAACGGAGACGAAGAGAAUAGCGGUAAUGAUACUAGUAAGAGAGAUAGAAACGACGGAUUAACUGGAACGGUGAUAGAUAUUGGUGAUGGGGUUACACAUGUCAUACCAGUCUGCGAUGGGUACGUGGUGAGCAGCGCGAUCAAAUCGGUUCCGUUAGCUGGGAGAGAUUUAACGAGAUUCGUGCAAACGUUGAUGCGAGAAAGAGGGGAAAACGUUCCGGCGGAGGAGUUUAGCAGAGUGGCGCAAAAAGUAAAAGAAAAGUAUUGCUACGUAAGUAAAGAUAUCGCGAAAGAGUUUGAAUUGCACGAGCGGAACCCGAAGGAGUACGUGAUACGAAUGGAAGGCGUGCGAGCGAAAACGAAUUUGCCGUGGCAAGCGGACGUGGGGUACGAGAGAUUUCUAGCGCCGGAAGUGUUUUUCCGACCGGAUAUGAUUGCCGAGAAAGAGAACGGUUUUGGGCAGUUUUCGUUGCCAGAAUUAGUCGACAACGCCAUCCAAGAGUGUCCAAUCGAUAGCCGACGGAAACUGUACGGAAACAUCGUUCUCAGCGGUGGCUCGACCAUGUUUAAAGGAUUCGGGAAACGAGUGAAGAGAGACGUGAAACGAGUCGUCGAUAAACGGAUUUCUGAAAGCGAAGUAAAGAGCGGGAAUAGAUUGAAAGCGAAAUCGGUGGACGUGGAGGUGUUUACGCACGAUAUGCAACGGUACGCGGUGUGGUUUGGUGGGUCCGUUGUAGCUUCUAUGCCGGAUUUUUACAAGAGCUGUCACACGAGAGAGGAAUAUUUCGAGUACGGCUCGCAAGUCAUGCGAUCGAACGUUUUAGAAAAGGAGGAGGUAUUCUUCUGA